CUGUUGUUGAUGCUCCAUGCAUAUAUGCAAACUGUUUCUGCCAGCAGGCACGAGUGCAAGGCGAGAGUCACAGGAUUAAAGGAAGAGGACGGAGAGAAAGUGAAGACGCUUAGUUUUCGACAUAGCUGCCAAUCUAAUCCAGUACAUUAUCGACCUGUCAGAGCCGUUGUGGUGCCCCGUGUGAAGCAAUGUCUGCAGAGUUGGAGCUCUCCUUCAGGCCAGACGACCAGCUGACGGAGGUGAUGCGCCUGCGGGUUCAGUCCCUGCAGCAGCGCGGUCAGAAGAGGCAGGACGGCGAGCGCCUGCUGCUGCCCAACGAGGCCGUGUACCGGCUCGACUUCUCCCGGCAGUCCCUCCGCUUCUCCCACUGGACGGUGCGUCUGGCCCAGGCCGGGCGCCUCACCGUCACGGCCACCUCGCAGCUGUGGACGCCCGACCUCACCAACCUGAUGACGCGCCAGCUGCUGGAGCCCGCCGGCGUUUUCUGGAGGGCGCGGGGCGACGCGGCCGUCCAGUGCUACGAGGCCGACGCGCACGAGUUCGGCGAGAGGAUCGCGGAGCUGGCCAAGGUGAGGAAGGUGAUGUACUUCCUGUUUGCGUUUGCGGAAGGCUGCAGCCCUGAGACUGCGGACUGCUCCAUCUCCUUCACAGAGGACAGCUGA